AUGAGCUGCUUGCACGACCCGCACGGCGCGUUCAGCUGGGCGGACGGCCCGCUGGGGAGCGGCAGCCCGUCCUUCUUCGCCUCCGACCUCGUCGCCGCGCAUCGCCCUUCGCCCUUCGCGCUCCUCGCACCAUUCCCCAUGUGCGCCGACUCACGCGCCGCGCUGGCGAGCUCGAGUUGGAACGGCGCGGCCGCCCAGCCGAACCACUCCGCUGCGCUCCCCGUGCGCGCCCCGGAGAGCUCCGCGCGGGUCCCAGCGUGGGGCGCAGCAUCAGGCGGCGCUUUGACCCACUCGCAGCCACUGCUGGCCGCAGCAGCAUCGGCUACAGCAGAGCUGUGGGGCGGCAAUGAAACCGCACACGCACAAGCAAGAAGCGCUCUUAACGGGCUAUGCAGCCCCGCUCACAGUUGGCGAGAGGCAGCAGAGGCGUGUCACACACACUCGCCUUCACGCCGCGGUGGCGCUGCUGCCGCGAGCGCCACUGGCGGUGCAGACGAGUCGGCGAGCAGGGCUGCUGCUGCUAGUGCAGGUGGGGGGCAGGGUGCGUGUGGGUGUACCGCGGUGGAAAGGGAGGACGCGAGAAGGACCCCAUCGGACCGUGGCAAGCUUAGGCGCUCCCUAACAGCCGGAGCAGCCAUGCUGGCGGGAGGAGGAGAGGAGACGGGCGACAGAGCAGAUUUGGGCGCGUGGCGUGCAGUUAGUGGCGCCGGGGGGAGCCAAGCCACCACUUCCGCACUCACCUCCUCUCGACACCUCCAAUCCUGUGUGUCCGCUGCUGCUGCUCCCUUAGAGACUGGUGAGGAGGGUGAGGAGGGAUGGAUGUGGGAGUACCAGGGGUGCUGCGAGCACAGCAGUUGGAACUACAGCAGUGCUGCCGCCCACUCCCCGGAGACACACCGCCACUCUCGCAGCACUGCGCGCACCACUAGCUCCUCCUUCUUCUCCCCGUCGCACCACUCGUUCAGCCCUGCCCACGACCUGCUGCCUUCCCCUGCUUCCACCCACCUCUCUGCCCUGCAUCCAUGGUGUGCCGCCGUCUCUCGUGCCCCGUGCUGUGCUGUGCGCUCUUCUGCAGCUGCCACGGGUGGUGCCGUGUGCGCGGCAGCAGGAUGGACACCAUGGAAUCACGGCGCUCCCCCAUCCACACCUGCCACACCUGCACUGCCGCCCAUCCCCGUUGCGCCGCCCAGCACUGCCCCUCCUCCGCCGUCCACGCCCAGCCCGGCACAGCUGCAGCAGGCCUUCCCGUGUGCUGCUGUCAAGGCUGUUGUCAAGGGUGCUGUGGGCGAUGAGGGCAAGACGGGCAGGUGGUGGGCGAGGCUCACACGGCCGUGGUGGCGGCAGCACACGGACGGGCGGAGGCGGGCAGGGAGGGCCCGCACCCUCUGUGAGCUGCUCACCUGCUGGGUGCUCUCAUCAUGA